GCCCCCAGGGAUUGAUGGAGGCUGAUGGGGUCCCAGCGUGGUUGUGUCGGGGCUCCCUGGGAUCAGUACUCACAGUGCCAGAAAGAAGUGAAUGCGUCGGAUCUGCCAGCUGAAGAGGCCAGAGCGGCUGAAGUAGGCGAUGACCAUGGCCAGCAGGUGCAGCCAGUGACGGACCAUCUAGAUAUCCCCCAGCAGCCGAAAAUGAGUGGAUCUCAGGGGCCCGUGUCGUUCUGGGACGUGGCCGUGGACUUCACCCAGGAAGAGUGGUGGCAGCUGGACGCCGAGCAGAAGAUAAUCUACAGGGAUGUGAUGCUGGAGAGCUACGGCCACCUUGUUUCCCUGGGGUACAGUGGCACUAAACCUAAUGUCAUCAUCAAAUUGGAGCAAGGAGAGGAGCCCUGGAUAGCAGAAUGUGAAUUUACUUGUCAGAAUCAUGCAGAAAAAACCCAGAGAGUUGACAAUCUGAUAGAGAGGAUCCAGGACAGUGAAGACAAACACUCAAGGCAAGCUGUUGGCACCCAUAGCAAAAUUCUAAGUGAAGGGAAAGGGCCUGCAGUUGACGAAGCUGACACGGAAAGUUUGGUUUCUUCUGGCGUGAUAUCUCACACUUGUGUGUCUUGUGGGAAGAACAUAGACUCUGCUUCAGAAUUAAUAAUUACUGAUGGGAGUUAUUCAAGGACAAAAACCAGUGGGUGUAGUGAAUGUGAGAAAGCAUGUGGAGAAAAAUCAUACGGAUUUACUCCAAAUGGAGAGGCUUGUUCUCAAAGCGAGAGAAGUAUUCUUCAGAAAGUGAGCAUUUUGGAGAGGCCCCUUGACUACAAUAAAUGCAUGGAAGCCUUAGACAACGAAGCAGUUUUCCUUACUCAUAAGAACCCAUUUAUAGGAGAGUCUGCUUGUCAGUGGAGUGGUUCUGGGUCAGACUUUAUCCAGAUGUCAGAGUUUAAUGUUUACCAGAAAUCCCAAACAGAAAUGAAACCCUUUGAAUGUAGUGAAUGUGGAAAAUCCUUCUGUAAAAAGUCAAAAUUUAUUAUACACCAGAGAGCUCACACAGGAGAGAAACCUUAUGAGUGUAACGUUUGUGGGAAAUCCUUCAGCCAAAAGGGAACCCUGACUGUGCACCGGAGAUCACAUUUAGAAGAGAAACCCUACAAAUGUAAUGAGUGUGGGAAAACUUUCUGUCAGAAGCUACAUCUUACUCAGCAUCUAAGAACUCAUUCAGGAGAGAAACCCUAUGAAUGUAGUGAAUGUGGGAAAACCUUUUGCCAAAAAACACAUCUCACCUUGCACCAGAGAAAUCAUUCCGGCGAGAGACCCUACCCAUGUACCGAAUGUGGUAAAUCUUUCUCCCGCAAGUCUGCUCUCAGUGAUCAUCAGAGAACACACACAGGAGAGAAGCUCUAUAAGUGUAAUGAGUGUGGGAAAUCCUACUACCGAAAGUCAACCCUCAUCACUCACCAGAGAAUACACACGGGAGAGAAACCCUAUCAGUGUAGCGAAUGUGGAAAGUUUUUUUCUCGGGUGUCGUACCUCACGAUACAUUAUAGAAGUCAUUUAGAGGAAAAGCCCUAUGAAUGUAAUGAAUGUGGAAAGACUUUCAAUUUAAAUUCUGCCUUCAUUAGACACAGGAAAGUACACACAGAUGAGAAACCCCACGAAUGUAGUGAGUGUGGAAAGUUUUCUCCAUUUUUCUGUCUCCCUGACCAUCACACAACUCCUUUAGGAGAGAAACCUUAUGAAUGUAAUGAAUGUGGAAGAACCUUCCUAGAAAAUGCAGCUUUCCCAUCACUCCCAAAAGGGGAGAAAUCCUAUGAAUGUAACAUAUGUGGGAAAUUGUUCUCUGAGUUGGCCUACUAUACUGUGCAUUAUAGAAGUCACUCAGAAGAGAAGCCCUAUGGUUGUAGUGAAUGUGGGAAGACUUUCACCCAUAAUUCUUCUCUCUUUCGACAUCAGAGAGUACACACAGGUGAGAAACCCUAUGAGUGUUAUGAGUGUGGGAAAUUCUUCUCUCAGAAGUCUUAUCUCACAAUACAUCAUAGAAUUCAUUCCGGAGAGAAACCCUAUGAGUGUAGUAAAUGUGGAAAGGUCUUCUCGCGAAUGUCAAACCUCACUGUCCACUACAGAAGCCACUCAGGAGAGAAGCCCUACGAAUGUAAUGAAUGCGGGAAAGUGUUUUCUCAGAAGUCAUACCUCACUGUACAUUAUCGAACUCAUUCGGGAGAGAAACCCUAUGAAUGUAAUGACUGUGGGAAAAAAUUUCACCACAGGUCAGCUUUCAAUAGCCAUCAGAGAAUCCACAGGAGAGGCAACGUGACCAUGCUUGAUGUGGAAAAUCUCAUGUAGGGAGUUGGGUAUUGUUUAGGAAGGAGAUCGGGUUUUUGGAGAAAUUUAGGCAUUGGGCUCAUUUUUAUCUUAACUUUUCACAGUGGAACAUUCUUAAAUGUAAAACAUGAAGUCUUUAGCAAGUCCUACAACUUAUUGAGCACUUAGUAACUAACACAGCAACUGAACAAUUGAUUUUUCAUUCAAAUUGUACUUAAAGGGGCUGGAGCAAUAGCACAGGGGGUAGGGCGUUUGCCUUGCACGCGGCAACCCGGGUUUGAUUCCCAGUGUCCCAUAUUGUCCUGUCCCCCAGUACUGCCAGGAGUAAUUCCUGAGUGCAGAGCCAGAAGUAGUCCCUGUGUCUCUGUGCAUCACCGGGUGUGACCCAAAAGAAAAAAAGAAAAAAAAAGCAAAGCAAAUUGUACUUAAAAAUCAGGGAAUUGUACCAAGUAGAAGUCAAGUGGAUGUGGAAGAAAUAUUGUCUUAAAAAAUACAAUAGUAAAAGCCAUAUUUCUGUUAAAAAAAAAUGUUUAUAGGAAAUAUACCAGAUGCUAUCAGCUCUGA